AUGGCGGGCUUGCGAGUGAUCUACGGAACGCUGAUUGGAGUGUCCCUGAUUGGUGAAGAACCUCGCCAGAUGGGCGUGCAAUCCAAGAGCAGUCCAAACCUUCAUGAAGCAGAGAAAGCAGUGAGCCGGGCGGAGGCACAGUGGAUCCCCUUCUUGGCAUAUGUGAACGACUUGGAGCGGAGAGCAGAUCAGAAGAC